ACAGGCUGAGUGGGACAGACUUACACAGCAACUGAAUCUCAACUUAGAAGCGCUACGACGAUCAGUAGCCUAACUUUACCUGCGAACCGGUUGCACUUCUGAAAUAAUAUAGGCUACAUCUGUUUGCUUUACGACUGUACUUUUAAAUAAACAAUAAUAGCAUAAUAAUAUUUUAUUCUCUUUUAAUUAGUCAUUUAAAGCACAUUCAAUGGAAUACCAAAAGGCGGCAGAAUUGAACAGUAUGGGCAAAGGCAAAAUCGUCACAGAGUAUCUUUGCCGUAACGGCUUUAGCGAGCUGACAGUCGAUUCGAAAAAAGUCUCUGUCCAGCACAAAAACGACACAUCCCGGAAAGAGACGGAGGAAGAGUCGCCGUUACCUGCUCUGGAGGCGGCGUACACAACCAUCCUGCGAGGUCUGGGAGAAAACACUGACCGACAGGGGCUCCUCAAAACCCCGCUCCGAGCUGCAAAGGCCAUGCAGUUCCUGACCAAAGGCUACCACGAGACCAUCUACGAUGUCCUUAAUGAUGCCAUCUUUGAUGAAAACCACGAGGAGCUAGUUAUUGUGAAAGAUAUUGACAUGUUUUCGCUUUGUGAACAUCAUCUAGUACCAUUUUUUGGCAAGGUUCACAUAGGAUAUCUGCCAAGUAAAAAGGUUGUUGGUCUCAGUAAGCUUGCGAGGAUUGUUGAAAUCUACAGUCGCAGACUUCAAGUCCAAGAACGCCUAACAAAGCAAAUAGCAAUGGCAAUCUCUGAGGCCUUGCAGCCUGUCGGUGUGGCAGUUGUCAUCGAAGCAGCUCACAUGUGUAUGGUCAUGCGUGGGGUGCAGAAGAUGAACAGUCGUACUGUGACCAGCGCCAUGCUGGGUGUGUUCAGAGAGGAUCCAAAAGCUCGAGAAGAGUUCCUGGCCCUGACCAAAGGUGCACAGUGAUCGCACUACCUCCCCAGCUCCAAUUCCAUCAGUGUGUUUACAGCCAAACAGGUCAACGAAUAUUCUCUACAUUUGAAACCCACAAUGGUGCUAAGAGAAUCUAACUGAGCAAGAGUUGUAGAUCUUUCCACCAGCUACUGAGACUCAGGGGUCUUCACUGUUUGAAUAGAAAAUGUGAAUAUUGAAAUAUCUGUUACAUGAACUACUAGUUUUGAGAAACUAACACCAAAUGGCCAAACAUUCACACAGCUGCCUUAAAACUGAUAUUUCUAUUAUCUAACUUCUGAUAUUAACAACUACUAAAUUAAACAUAUUGCCUCAGAUACUUGUCUAACCUUAUGACUUUUUACAAAAUGAAGACACUAGAACUAAUUUGUAUGUAACUUUAAAAGAAAUACGUUUUUUUUGUCACAUACUCAGAUAAUAUUUAAGAGGUCAUAAGCAAACAUGAUGAAUUAUUUAUAGUUACAUAAAUCAAUGAAAGGUUUCUUGUGACAUUACCGUGUGACAUAUUUUAUAAAUGGUUAAACAACAUUGCCAUUAGGAUAUUGUCACUUUUUUACAUAAUGCAUUGAACUGAAUUGUAUAAGAAAUCAAAACAAAUGCCAACCACAACAAUAAAGCACCGUUAUGAGA